AUGCCCAGCAUUGCCCCACGCUUCGAUGCGGAUGUUCUCCACAAGAAGUCCAAGUCUUCGAAAGUGAAGACCUUCGCCUCUGAUUCUGAGGACGAGAAAGUCGAGGAAUCUCGCGCGAAGGAGUCACGGAAGGAGAAGAAGGAGAAGGACGCGGAAGCGAAGAGGAAGGAAAAGAGGAAGAAGGUCUCUUCUGACUCGUCGGAGUCGAGCGACAGCGAUGCCCCUGCGUCCAAGAAGCUCAAGUCAGACGAGGCAGACCAGCCAACGCGUCUCAGCGUCGAAGAGUUCAGGAGGAAGCUCGAGAUCAAAGUCGCAGGAAGCGACUGCCCGGCUCCCUUCCAGACCUUCGAGGACGCGUCUCUCCCUCCAGAGCUCCUUGAGGCAGUCAGGCAGCAGGGCUUCAAGGCCCCCAGCGCGAUUCAGAGUCAGUGCUGGCCGCUGGCGAUGGCAGGAAAGGAUCUGAUCGCCAUUGCCAAGACGGGGAGCGGAAAGACCUGCGGGUUUUUGUUCCCUGCCUUCCAGCUCAUCAAGCGCUCUGUCUCGCUCCAGUGCCGCCGAGGUGAUGGCCCUGUCGCUCUCGUGCUGGCGCCGACGAGAGAACUUGCGAUCCAGAUUGAGCAGGAGUGCGUGAAGUUCGCCAAGACCUCCAAGAUCGUCGCCGCAUGCGCGUAUGGUGGGAUGCCCAAGGGUCCGCAGAUCCGCUCGAUCAUGGCAGGUCUUCACGUGCUGAUCGCCACUCCAGGGCGCUUGAAUGACUUCCUCAAGAUGAACAAUCCUCCCGUUGCUCCGUUGAACAGACUGAAAUAUCUUGUUUUCGACGAGGCAGAUCGCAUGCUCGACAUGGGGUUUGAACCGCAGAUCAAGGAAGUGCUCGGUGCAAUCCCCAAGGAGUGUGUCUAUCAGUGCCUCAUGUUCACCGCUACUUGGCCGAAAGCCCAACUCGCCACAUCUUAUCUCAAGAAUCCGAUUCAGAUCACAAUCGGAACCUCAGGGGACCAGCUCACUGCCAACAAAGAUGUCAAGCAGAUCGUGUACAACACCGCGGCCGAGGACAAGGAUGACAAGUUGGUGGAGAUUCUCAACGUGAUCAAGGAAGAGGGAGACAUGGAGGACAAGCGAAUUAUCAUCUUUGCCAACAAGAAGAGCAUGUGCGAGAGAAUUAUGCGCGGCUUGAAGAAGUUUGGAUGGAAUUCGGAGGCAAUUCAUGGGGAUAAGGAUCAGUGGCAGCGCAGUCAGUCGCUUGCUAACUUCACCAGUGGCAAGACACGAAUCAUGAUCGCAACCGACGUCGCUGCUCGAGGAUUGGACGUGAAGGGGGUGUCGCACGUUAUCAACUAUGACUUCCCCGGCAACGGAGCCGAGGAUUGGGUUCACCGUGUUGGGCGCACUGGGAGGGCUGGAGCAAGUGGGACUGCCUACACCUUCUUUGAUGAAAGAGCCGACAGGAAGAGCGCACGUGAACUCUGCUCUGUGCUCAAAAGCGCCCAGCAAGAAGUUCCUGACUGGUUGUCUUCCAUUGCAAGCCGCGCAAGGGGUGGUCCGGGGAAGUCUCGAUGGGGCUCGCGCCCAGGAGGAGGAGGAGGAGGAGGAGGCAGAGGACGGGCGCCGGGAGGAAGGCGUGGAGGAUACGGAGGAGGAGGAGGAGGAGGAGGGAGGAGGCAGAACGGAAGGUGGUGAAGGAGGAGCGCGUGUGCCAUGUGAGACUAGAACCAAUGAAGCCUAAACCUCGUUCG